AUGCUAGCGAGCGACGUUCUUGCAAGCCCCCAGGCUUUAGGGCUCUCUUUUUUUAUCGGCGUUUUGUUACAUCUCUUAAUCUUUCGAUAUGGAGAAUGGGAUCUCUCAGCACAGCGUAUCAUCAGCAGCUUUUCUCUCGCAUAUAUAACGACUGUAAGUGCGACCAUGGCCGCGCCGGCAUUGGCGCCUAUGCUAUCAAGUCCGAUCGAGACAAUACGAUUACCUGAAGCUUUAAGGAUUGCAUCAAUUAUCUUCUCGUUUAUUAUUGCAGGAAUUUACUCGAGUAUGCUUGUAUAUCGAGGUCUCUUCCAUCGAUUGCGACAAUUCCCCGGACCAUUCCUGGCCAAGUUUACGAAUCUUUACGUAACUUUCAAGAUCUGGAACCGAAUGCAUCUACACGAAGAUGUUCGGAAACUUCAUGAGAAAUACGGCGAUAUAGUUCGAGUCGGCCCAACAGAGCUUUCCAUCAAUAAGCCGGGUGCCAUCGAUGCUGUCUUCCUUGAUACAGACUGUAUGAAGGGGCCUUGGUAUAAUCUCCUUCAUCCCAUGGUCUCGAUGCAGAUGGUCCGAGACAAAGAAGCGCACUCAAAACGUCGAAAAGCAUGGGAAUAUGGCUUCACUUCAAAAUCUCUGCGUGACUACGAGCCCCGGGUCCUCAAAUAUACCGACCAACUCCUCGCUGGAAUUGAAGUCAACGCCGGUACAAAGUUUAACGUAGCACUUUGGUUCAAUUUCUACAGUUUCGAUGUCAUGGGUGAAUUCUCCCUUGGCCAUGGCUUCCGCAUGCUCGAAGACGGCGUCGCGCAUUUCUACAUGAAUUCUUUGCACGAUGAGACGAAAGCUGUUGGGAGAUUUACGCACGCCAUGUGGGCGCUGCCGUUGUAUCGCAAGAUGGCGAUUUGGAACGCCGGCGUCAAAAAGUUCAAAAGAUGGAUCUCGGGGCAGGUGCAGCAGCGUAUUCAGAACAAACCAGAGAGUCCGGAUAUCUUCACUUGGGUAUUGGAGGACCAUGAGGCGAAGAAGGAGCAUUCGUCUCAGGACAUGUUAAAUCUUUAUGGGGACUGCAUCUUGAUUACCGUUGCGGGAAGUGACACUGUUGCCGCCGUGUUGACGUGCCUGUUCAUGGAGCUUGCACGUCAUCCGAAGGAGUACAAGAAGCUCCAAACGGAGCUCGACGAAUACUUCCGCCAACAUGACAAGCCCGAACAUGCUGCACUCUCAAAGUUGCGGUAUCUUCAGGCCUGCAUCGACGAAUCACUCCGACUGCACCCGCCGGUGCCCUCAGGGGUUCAGCGGAUGACGCCCCCAGAGGGCUUACAGGUCGAUGAUGUGUGGCUCCCAGGAGAUACCAUUGUGUUUGUCCCCUCUUACACUCAGUAUCGCGGUGGGUCUUAG